CCGCCGGAUGUUGAUGGCGGUGCACGCUGCUGCUCCGGACCCGAGCAGAACCCUCUAGUGGAGCUCGUGGUCGCUGCUUCAGACCGUCGUAUCUGGGUCAGGAUGUCGGUGUCGCUGGUCAGAAGAGGACUGGAGCUGCUCAGCGAUGAGGUCAAAGACGUCGGCAAAGCGAAGAAGAAGAAGAUGGCGCCGCCCGGCUCGGUGAUGGAGCUGGUGAGCACCAAGCGGAGCGGGGUCACCCGGCAGGUCCAGCGGCUGCAGGGCCGCCUGGGGCCCGGAAAGAGCAAAGCCACCGUCAAGGACAAGAGGAUCAAGUCUGCCGUGGAGGAGUUCAGGAAGAAGCAGAAGAAGAGCCAGAUGAGCGCCAACCUCAAGUACUUCCUGGGAGACGACGACAAAACGCCAGAUACCGACACUCUGAAGAUCCUGAGCCACAUCCCGAGCAGACAGUCGAGGGAUCGGCCGGAGCGACCGGCCAAGAAACCCGAGGAGACGCAGUCUGUGUUCACGGAGAAGGAGUUCCAGCAGUUCCAGAAGGAAUACUUUGGCCGGACCGUCGAGGAGAAGAAAUGAAGCGCACCUUAAGUUUGAACUUAAGAGUUUCUUUUUUAUAAUUGAAUUGGGAAUUCAAACACACUCGUAUAAUAAAUCUACAUGCACAAAAA